AUGCACAUCCACGCCACCCUCGCCGGCGCCCUGGGCCUCCCCCUCCUCGCCGCCGCCGCCCCAGCCCCAACCUUCCCCAACACCACCGUCUUCUGGAAAGCCAACCAGUACACCACGGAGCAUUGCGAGGGCGCCCCCUACGCCACACACGAGACCAGCGACACAAUCAUAGCAGUAAUCGAUGCCGGCAUCGCGCACUCGAUCGACACUUCGACGCCCGACGCAGACCUGUGGGUCUGGCAGGCGUACAACGGCGGCUUGACGGCCGACCUCCAGGACUGCGCGGGAACCUACCUUGCGGACGUGCCGACGGGUUGCGUCAACCUGGAUAACUUGGGCAAUUGCAUUACUUGUCUGGCGCCUGUUUUCCGGGGGCACCCUUGA